GGAGGGGAAGCUGUAGCCCCUCGGUGGGCUUCCGAUCGGCAGAUAAAACGGAUAACCCUGCGGGGAAGCUCCGCCCUCCACACCUUGAUGACGAGCUGCCUCCUGAAAGAGUGGAGGAAGAAAAAGGGAUCCACAGGUCUCUUGUGGGUGUUAACUGCUGCAGGAAGUCCCUUCCUGCACUCACAGUGGAGUGAGACAAGUCUGUUCCACUGGGCAAAACACACAUCUGCUACCUGGCAAUCAAAUCAGCCACACAAAAAGUCUCUCACAGUGGGACAUUGACCGAUCAGCUGGAAACAGCUCUGGGCGAGUAAAGGAAUGAGGUUCAAUUUGCAACGUGUCUUCUAGACUGCGCUAAGUGAUGCAACUUUGCAGACCAAGCCUGCAAUCGCCACCAGUAGAGCCUGCAGUGUCUCUCGCCCUGACACUGGCGUCUUCACCACUUAGGAGGGGAGUGGUGGCGGCUGUCAAGGGAGGAGGAGCGGGGGAGUAAUCUCUCAAAACAGGGAUUAUUUAGUUCUUCUCUUGAAAAAAUGCCCUUUCCAGACUCUCUCCACGUUUCUAAACUAAUUUUAAAUCACCCUGACACUGAGUUCAACAAAGUUAGUUGAACUUAGUUUUUAAUUAGUAAAAAACCACAGUUGUUUGCUCGUUACUUGCAAGCAUUUUCUCAAAAUUGUAUGGCACUUACAUUUAACAAUUGCCACAAACUGAUUCAAGGAAUAUGACAAGGAAGGUAUUCAUGCAAGAUAUGUAUUUAAACAUGUGUCAGUGAAGGUGAAUGAUGUACAAAUAGUAAAGGUGAAGUUACAUAAACGAGGAUAUAAACAAUUAACGUUCCUUAAAUUUAAACCCACCAAUGAAAGAGGCGGGUCAACUUGUGACCAUCUCACCCCCCUCCUCAAGGAAGUGAAAUGGGGGGAGCAAAAUCCAGUGUGACUGUACCUGAAGCCUAAUAUCAUAGGUCAGAGUUUAUAGCCUUAGAACCCAGACAAACCUUCCUAAUCAUCCACUGUCUCCUGAGCUGAGCAGACGUGACUGUCCAGCUACUCGUGCUUGGUGGCUUCAUAGAACUUUUAACAAGUCAUGAAUUAUUGAAAACAACAUUCCUGGGGGUUUAUUUCUUUAUAGUGCCACACAUCUAACACUGGCUGGAAAGGGAUAAUCUUAUAAUAAACACUUAAAAUGUCCUUACAGCUGUGAACAACUACAUUACAGUGUGUUAUAAACUGUUAAAUGUUUGUGUACAAGUGCCAAAUAGAGGGAUUAAAAGUAAAACAUUACCAAUAAAUGUUUUACUGCUUGAAUCAGGCUAAAAUAAGUGCUACAGAUGAUAUACAGUUAUAUAGCAAUUAGCAAAAAGUUAAAUGAGUGGUGAUGCAUGUAUGGAAUAGUGUCUAAAAGCAUAACAUUUUCCUAUGAAGAAUGUAAUCUUCCUGAAGUGUUUCAGACAGAAGCUCCAAUAGACCAGAAUGCAGUGCAGCAUUGACACGCGUUGCAUUCUCAGUGAGAGGCAGAGCCUAGUUUUUCUCGACUGCAAAAACUGUUGUAUUUCCUCUCCACAGUUGCAGAGUGGAACAAGUUUAGACUUAAUCUGGGUUGUUGAAUGCCAUGUUGGAAAAUGUAGAAAAGUGAGCUACAGUGCACGAGGCAGGUUAACAGAGAUUGGUGAAUUACUUUUUCUUUCUUUCUUUCUUUUAAUGCAAAAUACUAGUAACUUUUGAAAACACGCAGUAAGGAUAAUAAAAGAAAGUUAAUGGAGUUCAUUCUUAGACAAACGGGACAGAAGACAAAUAUGUGGAGUCAGAUGGAAGCUGUGCAAAUGGAAAGGAGAUCAGCUGGGGCUGUAAUAAAGGAUAAACCCACAUCAUCCCAGUCUAUCCCUGUGUAGCUCAAAGAUGAACUUAACCAUGUAUAGUCAUAGUAUACAAACUUCAAGAUGAUGCCAGUUUAGAGCAAGUUAGUAUGGACCAUCUCCCUCCCUGGCUAAGCUGGUGGCUGCUUCCUUCGUGGAGGACAGUUAAGUUUUCUAGCUUUAGUCAUUUUUCUCAUAGAGGAAAAAUAAACUGAGCGCUGAGCGUGUACUUAUUAAUGAAUCUUAAAGCUGCAGUAAUCAAUAUUUUUACAUUAACAAGGGAUCAAAUGACUGUGGAACAUGAAAGAGGUCGACAGUUCUGCAGCUGACCACAGCUCUGUGGAGCAUUUUAGCAUCUUUCAGCUCAUUGUUUUGAUUUCACUGCUCUGACAGUGUUGUUUUCAGCCAGAGGGCUUUGGUAAACCCACUGUAGGCUUUAAGUCCACCACCAGACUAUUGAUGGAUGAUAAUAUCCAAUUUAAUAGCUACAGAGCCUGAGUAGGUGCAGACCAAAGACAGACUUAAAAUCAGUGUAAAUGUACAUACAUAAAAAUAAAAACAUUAUGGCUCUUGAACUGUAUUAAGUUUAACUCACAGCCUCAGUGAGGGAGUUUGGGAAGGACACAAACCCCAACACUUUUCAUGUUUAGUGAAGGACAGGAAGACGGCAAAACACUAAACAGAUCACAGCAGUUACACCUCAUGGGGUGGUGCAGUGUACAGCAGAAGGCAUGCCUGUGUUUAUCUCUGUUGCUGGACAUUCAUCUUGUGUCUGGUUCGUUCUUAAGCAGUUUAAUUGUGCUAGAUUUUUGUUUGAGCUUCUUAAUUAAGACUUGUGUGUAUCUUAUGGACUCCAACCAGGACUUACUCUCUCCUGAUUCUUUUCUUGCGUAGUACUCUCUUUCUCACUUCAUUUAUUUCUCUCCCUAUCCCUUAUCCUCACUUACAACCCCCACCCAUAAUCCCUUGCACCACCACCACCACCUCCAUCCCACCGUUUGGCAGCAGGACAAGGUCAACACAGAAACCUCUUCACUUCUCCUCUCUGCUUUCCCUCCCUGUAAUUCCUCACCAUCAGCGGAGCAACAGACCCCCCCCCCCCCCUCUCUCCCCGAUCCUUUCAUCCACCGCUGCCCUCCAUGGACUGAUGGAAAGAGAAAGACUAAAGAUGGAGAGGAGGAUGAAGGAGCAGUCCAGGGAUGUCGAAAAAUGAGUGCAUAUAUUCUAGGUUUUGUUGAAAGUGUGAAGACAGAGAGGAAGACAGAGGGAAAGCAACAUUAGGAAAUGAGCGACAGAAUGAGGAAGGAGGGGAGUUGGUGAAGAGACGCAGAAAGACUGAGGGAGAAAAGUGUUUUUAACCUUUGUUGUCAGGCGAGACAGACGAGGGCGAGAUCAGUCUGUAUCCCAGAAAUCAAAUUCUUUUUCUCUCUCUAUUGCUCAUUUUCCUUUUCUUUCUGUCUUGUUUUUGUCUUUCUCCUUUUUUAUGUCUUUCUUUUUCCUUCCUUUCUUUCUCUACAUCCCUCUUUCAUUCCCUCAGCUCUGUCAUCCAGACCUAAAACACACAAACACAUGCGCCUCACAUUCCUACGUGCAGAGCAGAUUCACCCAAUUUGUUUCCACUGCGUGUGUGUGUGUGUGUGUGUGUGUAUGUGUGCGUGUGUGUGCAUGUGUGUGCAUGUGCCAAGUCAGUAAAUAAUAACCAAUCCCAGCUGUACUGUAGGCCGUUCCACUCAUUCUCAGUGGGGAAACAAAGAGGGAGAGAGAGGAAAAAGGCUCCAUCAAAUAACAGAGUAAUGAGCUGGAAAAAAGUCAGCAGAGAGUUAAGCAGGAAGAAUCAAUAACGUUUUAAUGCUAACAGCCAUUAUGAGUCCUGUAGAACUGCUAGUCAAUGGUCUCUGUGUAUAGGAGUUACAUGCCAUUUGAAAAAAAGAUCUAAUUUGUGUUCAUUUCUACAGCGGCUUCAGGGUCAAACCACCUUAAAGCCUCUCCAUCCUGCCAGCAAGCACUUGAGAGGGAGGAAAAGCUGCUGCACAGAAAUAUGGAGGAGAAUAACAGAGGGCCCAGGACACAGCCCUGACGAGCUCCAUAUCUGAGAUGAGCUGGAUGAGCUGAACAAAGAGGAGAAUGAAAGGAUGCUUGCCUUUUAACCCUAAAAACACUGCUGGUUUAGAGACUAAAACAGCCAUGUUGUUGGCAGAGGCUGUGUGUUUGUUUUUGGCCUUCAUCCUGCACAUCUCAGGCGUUCAUGGACGUAGCAACAGGAUCUGUGCUUUAAAAGGCUCAUCAGUGGAUCUGCCCUGCUCAGCUGAAGGUCCUGUUUCGAGUAUGAAAUGGUACACUCUACACUGGAAUGACUCCUACAUUCUGAGCAACUUCUCUGGAGAUGGAAGUCGUUACAACAUAUCUGAAGGGAGUGAUUUCAACCUAAUCAUCAAAGAUCUGCGAGAGAGUGAUAAAAAUAUUUACUGCUGCAGCCACAUAACUGACUCUCCAGGACACUGCUGGUUCUAUAGAACUGAGCUGCAUGUUACAGACCUGCAGGUAAAGGUGAUUCCCACCACAGGGGAACAGACAGUAUCACUGAUGUGUAGCACCAGCUGUCCUCUGACUGAAAACCCUGCAGCCUACAUCUGGUACAAGAACAGAGAGUUUCUCUAUCAGGACUGGUCUCCCUGGUACCAACAGCUGGUCAGCAGUGAGGAAGCAGUCACAUACUCCUGUGCUAUCAAAGGCUACGAGCAUCUCAGAGCCCCUGAAGUCUCAGUGGAUUCUGUCACAUCCACCUGCUUUACUGUGACCUAUGCCGACGGGACAAUGUGUUCUAAAAACCAGAAAUCAGUGGAUGAGCCCUGCUCCAUCACAUAUCCCACAGAAUUAUAUGUUGAAAGGACGCCUGUAGAUAAGGAAUAUGUCAGACUGACCUGUGCCCCCAGCUGCCCUCUGACUGACCCUAAAACUGCCUAUAGGUGGUACUGGAAUGAGAGUCCAUACAAAUACUCUGAGAGUCAAAACUUUACAGUUCCCAGAGAGUAUAGAUUCAAUAGCUACUCCUGUGCUAUAAAAGGCCACGAGGAUCUGCACACUGCUCAAGUCUGUAGUUCUAAGGAUGACUCCUGCUUUAGUGUGAAUUAUGUCAGAAGGAGAAUCUGUGCUCUGCAAGGCUCUUCAGUGACCAUCAUAAGUGAAUACUCCUAUCCUGACUCCCCACCAUCCCUGGCUAAAUUUUGGUAUAAAAUAAAGAGAAGUGGUGGGGAGGCUGCUGAAAAGGUAACAAGCGAUUCUGGUUGGGUGGAGUAUUGUGACAACCUGAAGAACCGCUACACCCUGACAAUAAAUGGGCUUCAGAAGGAUGACACAGCAGAAUACAUAUUCAGACUCAUGUUGCCUCGGGAAGAGUUUGAUUUUCCUGGAGUGACUUUGGUUGUCUCAGACCUGAAGGUGAGGAUGAGUCCCUCUGCAGAGGUGACAGAGGGUCAGAGAGUCACACUGACCUGCAGUACCAGCUGUCCUCUGACUGACGACAAAAACUACAUUUGGUUUUUGAACAGUCGACCUCUGACCCUGCCAGAGAACCAAAACAAACACCUGGUUCUGGACCCAGUCAGCAGUCAGCAUGCAGGAAACUACUCCUGUGCUGUUAAAAUCCAGAGAGACAUCAGAUCCCCUGAGGAGAUUCUCACUGUUCAAGUUUUUGGGAAGUCGAUAGCAGCGAUUAAUGCAGUGAGACUGGCCGUUGUAUUGCUGAUCCCAGUUCCUCUCCUUCUCUUCCACCUGUGGCUGAGCAGAUGGACUCACAGUAUAAGAACAUCUCACUCUGCAGCACAGAGAGAGCCAGAAGAGCAGCAGAAAGACAGUAUGUAAAACCUCGCUAUGUAUCUACACAGGACACUUGACACUGUGUGCAAAAACUGCCUGUCUUUUUUAUUUAGGUCCUAGUUGGCAAGAGUUGAUCUGAACUCUGCAUGGACACUUGUAAACUCAAAGUCACUGCAAUAUUCAGCAUGUAUUUUUAUUGUAGUUUUUAAGCGAUUGAAUAUUGGACUUCCAUUAAUCAAGUGAACAGAACCAUGACUACAAAUGGCUUUGACCACUUGUUGUGCACUUCUUUCUGUCAUUGGCUUAGAUACUUCAUUGUAUUGUUUGCUGCGUAACUCUCUCUUAAAGAUGCAAAAAUCUCUUUUGAAUUCAAAUAAAUGAAUAGAAUCAUUA